AUGGGAGGGGCUGACAACAGCUCCUUUAAAGGUUUCAUCUUGAUUGGUAUCUCUGACCACCCUGAGCUAGAGAUGAUCUUUUUUGUUGUUAUCCUGUUCUGCUACUUGUUAACUUUGCUGGGCAACUUGACCAUUAUCCUAAUAUCAUGCCUGGAUGCCCGGCUUCACACACCCAUGUAUUUUUUCCUCAGUAAUCUCGCCUCUGUUGACCUUGCUUAUACCACAAGUGUAGUCCCUCAGAUGCUGUUCAAUCUGUGGGGCCCAGAUAAAACCAUCAGCUAUGGGGGCUGUAUAACCCAGCUAUAUGUCUUCCUCUGGCUGGGUGCCACUGAGGGCAUCCUCUUGGUUGUGAUGGCAUUUGAUCGCUUUGCAGCUGUGUGCUGGCCCCUGCACUACAUGAGCACCAUGAACCCUCGGAUUUGCUGGCAGUUAGCCUCUACUGCCUGGCUAGCUGGCCUGGGGAAUUCCCUAAUUCAGUCAACAUUCACUCUGCAGCUCCCUUUUUGUGGACACCAGGAGAUCAACAGUUUCCUCUGUGAAGUGCCACCUCUAAUCAAAUUGGCCUGUGGUGACACAAGCCUCAAUGAGGCUUUACUCACUGGUGUCUGUGCCUUCUUCACUGCAGUGCCCCUGAGCAUCAUCCUCAUCUCCUAUGGUUACAUUGCCCAGGCUGUCCUGAAGAUUCCCUCAGCUGAAGGCCGGCAUAAGGCCUUCAAUACCUGUGGCUCCCAUUUGAUAGUAGUAUUCCUCUUCUAUGGCUCAGCUAUUUAUGCCUACCUACUGCCAGCCAAGAGUAGUUCCCAAGAUCGAGGGAAAUUCAUCACUCUCUUUUAUUCGGUAGUUACAGCCAUGGUGAAUCCCCUAAUCUACACUCUGAGGAACAAGGAGGUCAAGGGGGCACUAAGGAAGUUUUUGGGAAAAUGGAGGGAGGAAUGGUGA